CCGCCCCACGCGGCGCCGGGGCUGGCGGCGCCCCCGGCGGGCUCCCCGUGCACUCCGUGCCCCUCUUGUCAUGUUUGUGGUUUGGGACGAGGCGGCGAGUCCGUGCACCAAGAAAAGCCGCGCGCCCUCCAGCCCCGCCGCAGACCUCGGACAGCGCGGGCCCCGAGCACCGGCUCCCGCUCCCCGCGCCGCUUUGCUCGCCGCUCCUUGGAGCCAGGGAGACGGGCCCAGAGCUGCCAGACCCUCGGCGAGGCGAGGAGCAGGCACAGGCCGGAGCCCCCCAACCGAAAGCCCGCCAAGCGCCGCCCGCCAAGCGCCGCCAGGGGCAGAGCGCGCACCCCUCCGCUGCCUCUGCCGUCGCAGCAGCAGCAGCCGCCCGAGGCCAGGCGAGCAAGCGCCGAUCGGCCGUCCAGCAAAGCGGCGGGCUGCGCUCACCGGCUCCCUCUCCUCCUUCCCAACAGGUGGCUCCGCGUCGCCAUGGGCAGAGGGGCCGUGCAGAUGCUGCUGCUCUUGGGGCUGCUGCACUGGGGCCCCGGCGGGGAGGGCAGGAAAAGCUGGAGGCGGCGUGGGCAGCAGCAGCAACAACAACAACAACCGGCGGCGGCGGGUCGGGAGCGGAGCGAGGCGGCUGGGCAGCCGGUGGAGAGCUUCCCAUUGGACUUUACCGCUGUGGAGGGCAACAUGGACAGUUUCAUGGCUCAGAUCAAGAGCCUGGCGCAGUCGCUGUACCCUUGCUCGGCGCAGAAUCUGCACCAGGAGCUGAGGCUGCACAUGCUGCUCAACAGCUCGGUCACCUGCAACGACGGCAGCCCCGCCGGGUGAGUGCACAUGCCAAGCCUGACCCUUCUGCGAUCUCCUUGCUUCGUCCCUGGCCCUUCAGGCACCUCCCCUUAGCCCAUCUUCGUGGCUCCUGUGCUUAGUAGGAAGCGAAGAAACGUCUAAGAAAAUAGAGCCCUUCUCCAUCCUCUCUGCUUCUUUGCUGUCUCUUUUAAUUUGUGCGCACAAACCCACGGCCACUUCCAUCGGCGUGUGCUUUUGUGCUCUCCCGUUCCGUGCCCAACAGUUUUUCUUUUCUCAAGUUCAUACCACUAAGAGUAAGAAUCGGAGAUGAACUUACUCUUAAAUCUGUGCCUGAGGGCAGACAGAGCAAAAGUAGAAGUGGGUAGUAGGAAGAGAAAACUUUUUUGAAUGCACCUAUUAUUUUUUUCUUAUUGUCCCUCAUCACUUUAGUUCCUUGUAUUUGCUAGAUUUCCUUAUACAGUAGUCUCAAGUUAGUAGCUCUCCCUUAUUCCGAGGAAUAUGCUCUAGUCCAGAAAACAGGGACUUUGCAAAGCAGAGUAGAUAAAAAAAGUUAUCUCCCAGCAGUAUAGUUCCUUGGGACUCUGUAGAAUAGUCAUUGAAGCUCUGCGGUGCCCCUGUUUCUUUUAGAUCUCAGUUCAGCUACCACAGCCCCUCUAGUACGAGCUGCUUUCUGAAACAAGAACUCUGUGAGUUCUCAAACUAGCUCCACGCAGACUCUCUGUGUAUGUACUGAGCAAACAUGGAUAACAUCACCCGCUUCUUUGUAAAGCACCAUUUAUGCGGAGGGGAUGCUUGACAGAGCACGCACACGACUGUUUACUAUUAAUACCAUUUGCUGGUCCCUCUCUGCUCCUUAGUACUUCAAAAGUGCUGAAACAAUCCUUCCUAGUGUUCAAGCUCUGCUUCCACCAUGUGGCCUUUGCUAAGAACGCAGCCAGUAACAGGUGGAAUAACUCUUUCCUGCCUGGAAAUACUUAGGAAUGCUAGGAAUUUGUUUAAUGCAUUUAUUUUGGAGCAAGAUGAAAGCCUGGCUCAGGGUCCCCGAGAAGGCCCUUUGAUCAGACUUCGUUUGGAGCUCCUCUGACAGCCAUCCUGUUUCUUUCUCUUGUUCUUUAACCAAGUAUUUUAUGUAACCCUCUUGAUAUUAUAAUGAGUUGGUGUAUCAAAGGGCUUGUGGCUGAGUGAGCCAGUCUCCCUAAUUAAGUUCACGCUGCCUUCUGUUUGUUUUUAUUUUAGCUACUACCUCAAAGAAUCGAAAGGCAGUAGAAGGUGGCUGCUUUUCCUGGAAGGUGAGCUUGAGUUUUCUUUUAAUUUAUUUAAGCAAAGUUCAAUCAUUUUAGGCUCUUUUUGUAAAAAGUCGAGCGAUGGCGGAAGAGCUUCCCAGCUGCUUUCUUCAAAGACUUAUAGCGAGUGCUGGCUGCCUUCACUAUAACCAAUGUCUCCAUCCUUUCCCCCCUUUUACGGUUUCAUAUGCCAUGCCACCUGGAGGUUUGCUGGCAGCCUAACUACUCACCAAACUUUAAUCAAAGCUACUUAGUCAAUCUACUUCUUGCUGUUGUUUGCUUGCAAUGUUACUUUUGGCGUUGUAUUUCCUAGGUUUCAAUGCAUAGAUGCAGUAAGUCUCCAAACAGAUUUUGGUCUACACAUAUAUGCUGUUUUCUCUAAUUUUCUUCUGUGUAAUAUGAAAUAAAUUAACUGGUACUUACAUUCCGGUCCUGAACUCAUCAUCUGUUUGGAAAUGUCCCAUUGCUUUUGAUGGUACUGUGCUCCAAGAAAUAGUGUUUUCAAAAUUUUGCAAGUGACCGUAUGAAACUGUGGCUAAGAUUUAUCGUUAUUAAUAUAGUUACUUUUCACUACAGUAUUUGUUACUAAAAAAAACAACAAAAAACAAUUUUGCAUGCUUUUGCCAUGCAAACAUCUCAGCUAGAGAAUUCUCUGCAGUUUACAGAAGUAGUGUUCUUUGGGUAAUCGGUACUAAACACAUGUGAGGUAGAUGGAUCCACAUAGAGAAACAAGCAUUUUUGGGUGCUUCUGCAUAAUAGUGCAAAUCCAGGCCUGGUUGAAAGGUUGGACGUGCCUUUUCAGGCUCCUCAGAAUAUUAAAUAUAAGUUUGGCUAGAUCUAAAACCGGAAGGCAUCAGAUUAAUUCUCAGGAAAGUCAGAUGUUGCUGAAAAGGCUUGUGGAAGUUAGCAAAAUGUUCAUAGGAGCACUUCAAGGCAGAUCAUGCUUUGGAAAUGAUGGCAACCUACCUUUUGAACAGCCUUAUGCUGUAAGUGGCUUUUUAUUUUACAGCACAUCCUGCUUUAAAAUUUUACUAUAUUCAGAGAUAGCACUGUGCAAUGCAAUCCUGCGCAUGCUUACUCAGAAGUAAGGAACACUGUGUUCAGUUGGGGUUUCUUGGAGGGAAGCGUGCAUAGUAUCACAGUCUUAAAGUCACAACAGGAUCCCACUAUCACAUUAUGCUGGAUAUUAUGUAAGUGUUAUUAUGCUUUUUAAAAAUCCCACUGCAUUAUAAACCCUACUCUGUGGACCUAGGAUGAGUAAAAAAAUCAAUUCCUUCAAUUAAUUUAAUGACACUAAUAGUUUCUUAUGCAAACUACAGUCUAAAAAGAUGUAAUAAGUGAAACAGGAAGAAAUGGACACUAUCCGAUUCUUGCUUUGUUUCUUUUCUGAAUCAGGAGGCUGGUACUGCUUCAACAGAGAGAACUGCAACACUCGGUAUGAAACAAUGAGGAGACUUAUGAGCUCCAAGGAGUGGCCCACUACCAGAACUGGUAAAUUCUUUAUUCUCACCAACCUGGGAUUUACUCUAUUAAUUAUAUAUUGCUUCUACUUUCUACGUUUUAGUUUACUGGAGCGCCUUCCUGCUCCAUUAAGUCCAAACCAUGACAGCAGUGAAGCAGCAUUCCAUAAUGCCAUUUUAAAUCAAACAGAGGAGACACUUCAUGGUGCAGUUGCCACUGUGGAGAAAGUCCAGCCCUGUGCCCUAGCAUUGCUGACUUAUCUACAGUUAAGGAAGGAUCAUGGAACAGAGCUUUCUCUGCAGAUCUGAGGGUGCGCUUAUCAGAGAGUAUACUGCCCAGACCCAAUAUAAGGGCAGUUAACAUAUUGUAAUGAGAUGUUGUUACAGUGUGAGUAUUUUUGAAAUGAAGUGUUUUAUCUGGAAUGCUAUGUCGCAUUUUGAAAUCGUUUUUAGUAGGCUUUUACGGUGAUGCUUUGAUAAGUGUUCCUUUCAUUGUCUUCCUAUUCUUGGUUUGGAUACCUCUGUGGAAAAUGGCUUUAAAAAUUCAAAUUGUUGGAAAAAUGGACUUAUACUAUUUCUAGAAAUCAGGAAUGCUAAUUUAUAUUGCAUCUGACAGCAGAGCAGUACAUAUUCAAACAAUGUGAAUGAGAACUAAGGAUAAUUUCUUUUUUCUUUUUAAGUCCUGCAUCAGUUUUCUCCCCCUCUUUUAGUUUUGAUUCUUUCUGUUUUUCUCUGUAUUGUCCUUUUAUAAAUAGUUAUCAUUAUUUUUAAUGGUGAAAAGCCACCUGAUUGGAAGUGUAUUGGACACCUGGGGGAAGAGCACACCUGGGAAUAGCGACCCAUGAACACUUUCUGUGUCUGUACCUUCAGUAAAGUGGGCAGCGAUGAUAGUGACUCCCUCAUCAGUGGCCUGUAGGGAUUGCAAUGAGUUGUAAAUAUCAUAAAUAAGUCAUAAAUCUUCAAGAUAUGCAGAGAGACCUGUUAAGCAAAUUCUACCAGAGGCUUGUUCAAGACUGCAUUCAUCUUUACAGCUCCAGGAAACACAAACAUCCCAUAGGGUGUUAUUCAGGGAGGAUGAAGUAGAUGCCACAUUGUGAGCAGACAUACAGGAGGGCUAAAGCCAUCUGUUACUUUCCUUGCUUAGCACAUUUACAUCAUCACAGGAAUAAGCACUAGUUCAGAAAAACAGCUGGCAGCCAUGGGGGCUGGGAUCAGGUAUUGGUUUUUGGCCAGCACUUACAGUUGGUGUUGGGACCUCACUGCCUAAUUCAGUCUUCCACAUCCUGUUAUCUUCCAGAUGUGUGGAACUCCAAUUUCCCAUCAGCCCCAACCAGCAAGGCCAAUGGACAGGGAUUAUCAGAUACAGCCUUUCUCAACCUUGGGUCCCCAUAUGUUUUUGGCCUACAACUCCCAUGAUCCCUAGCUCACAGGACCAGUGGUCAGGGAUGAUGAGAGUUGUAGGCCAAAAACAUCUGGGGACCCAAGGUUGAGAAAGGCUGCAUAGAAUCAUAGAAUUGUAGAGUUGGAAGGGACUCUGAGGAUCAUCUGGUCCAACCUCCUGCAAUGCAGGAAUAUGCAGCUGUCCCAUACGGGGAUUGAACCUGCAACCUUGGCACUAUCAACACCAUGCUCUAACCAGCUGAGCUAUCCAGGCUGAUAAGCAUUGUAGUUCAACAAUUUCCAGAGGAUCACAAGUUCCCAUUCCUGUUUUUUUUUUUAAAAAUCUGUUGUCUCUUUGGGUGGAGAGAUUUGAAAAGAAGAUAGGGAUCCUACAUCUUUAAUUCUUGUGUACUUCAGACUCUAGUGAAAUAUCCAACUCUAUGAUUCUACGUGUAUGCAUCUGCUUAUUUGCCUGGAAUAGGAAUUGGCUUCUUAUUUGAAAUUUUAGAGUUUCAGUUUCGGAAGUGUAUAAUUUGUAUCAUUUUACCUCAGCCUCUCUUUCUUGAUUCCCUUCCUCUUCUCUAUUCCUUUGGCACAAAAAUGGAUACAUUAGGGGAUGAUUUAUUGGAUACACUGUAUUCUUUUAAAUUCUGAGAAACUAGGAAAUAAUUUAUUGUCUGCACUUUAUUCUUGCAAAUGCUGAGACCCACAUACAUAAGGCAUUGGCCAGACUAAAGGCCUGUCCUUGGAGAUAUGUGUACAAAGUCCUUGCCUCUUUAGCAUCUUUUGCUAUUCUGUUACUUUCAAAUGUUCUCCACACAUUGCUGAUUUGAUAUCUGACAGAUGUUUUUCUUUUUGAAUAUAUUUUUUAUUCUCCCAUUUACAGGAACUGGUAUUCUGUCAUCGCAACCGGAGGAAAAUCCACACUGGUGGAAUGCAAACAUGGUGUAAGUAGGGGAAUGAUUGUGUGAGUUGGGAGGAACACAGCGGAUGUGAUGAAGCAAGCAAUAUACAGGGAGUGGAAUCAAAGUCCUUUGUGGCUGUAAAAUGUCAAAAUGGGUAGGAUAGCAUAAUUGACAACUUCAGUUUGUUUAUUUGAGGGUAUUUGUACCCCACCUACUAACCAAAGUUUUCAAGGCGGCUUACAGUAUAUUUCAAACACAGUAAAAGAGAUGGUGAUACAAAUAGUCACUACAGCAAAGCAAAAAACCCACCAUCCCUUUGUUCUCUGAUGUUCCAGCAAAUGCCAUCCUAUAUAGUCAAAUCUCCUGGCUGUUGAAGCAGCUAGAGUUCUAUAUAGUCCAGGAAGUCUUCACUGGGUGGCUGGUGCUGAUGUCUCUCACAGCCCCAGCCAUAGUGGUAGACACAGGAGGUACUGGGUGGAGCAAAGAUGUUACUAUGCCUUCAUUUGCAUUAUAUUCAGGAAGAGAAACUAAAUGGAGAAAACAAGAAUACCCCAAAAAGCUUCUCCAUCGAUGUAGGAACAUGGCAGGCGGAUAAGGGUUUGGGACUACUUAAAAGUAUGACAUGGUUGCCGUAGCAAACACUGGUAAUAUGUAAGGGGCUGGCACAUGUCUCCAUGCGUGCUGUGGACAUGCACCAAACUGCGGGCAGUGACAUAUAUCUGCAUUUGGGCAUGUGUGUUUCCUUUUCAGGCUUUAUGCCUUUAUCAUGACAGUGGUGCACAGGGAUAUGUGCCUGUUUUGCAAAGUGUAAAAUACACUGUUAAUGUCCGUUAAACAAACACCGUGCUCCUUGAGUGAGUUCUUUCUGGGAGUAUCCAGCUGGUACCAUGAGAUUUGAAUGGGCAUGAAAUUGGUCUCUUUCCGACUCCCUUUGGGUUUAAUUUGCUUGACCCCUGCUUCACCCCUCCCUGCAUGUAAGAGGAAUAAUGGCGCUCACAUAUCUCUUGUCUCUUGCAGUUUCAUCCCCUAUUGCUCAAGCGAUGUCUGGAGCGGAGCCUCUGCCAGGAUUGAGAAAAGUGAGUGCUUCUGAUAGGCUCCUGCUGCCAGACAGACAUUAUGCAUUAAAGGGGAUAUGGCCCAACUUCUCUACAGUUAUGCAAAUGAAGAAAUGGUUCUUGCCAAUGGGCAGGAAGGAAUAAUAAAUAUUCUCCGGAUAAAACAUCCGCUUGCUAACUCUGCUUUGUCAUGGUUCAGAGCCCCAUCACGCAGCAGUAGCCUGAAGGGAAUAGCUGCAUCCUGAAUGUCUGAGGCCCAGCCAGUCUGUUUAGCUAAAUGUCCCCCACUCCUCCCCACUCCCCCCGCAGCAGCCAGGAUUUGGUAGGGAAGAACUAAACAAUGCCAGGAUUCACAGACUGAAUCAUGAAUGCUCCCAAGUAUGGGUUUGAGGGACUUGAUCACCUAAACCUAUCACCAAAAAAUGACACAGAGAGGCCAGAAGAAAACUUUAUUUUCAUGGAUGUUGACCUAAAUGCAGUUCAAAAGUUUGGGGCUACCAGCAUCGUUGGCUCAGUAGGUCAAGUUUGGGGAAGCUUUGACUCUUCAGAUGUUACUAAUCUGCAACUCCCAUCAGCUCCUGCAAGCGUAGUCAAUGGCCAUGGAUAAUGGGAGCAGCAGUUAAGAAACAUCUGGAAGGGCAAUGGUUUCCCCACAGCUGCAGCAGUUCAAAUCUGAAUCCUAUUAUAGUCCUUUCCUCUCAUUAAUUCACUGGUCUCUUCAGGAUGACUCUUUUCCUCUUGGUGGCAACUGCUGAUACCUUGGCUUGUCGGGUGCCUCUGGUAAAAAGAUAGGGCUCCCUCAUGAACUUUUAAUACUCUUGCAGGAGAGGGAGCUUCAGAAGCUGGCAUGACAAGGUCCACCUGCUGAAAUUCCCUCUUCUACAAGGUUGUUUAGAGCAGUGUUUCCCAACCUUUUUCCGACCGUGGCCCUUUUCCAAUCCUGUUUCCUUCCUGUGCCCCCCUCUGGUGUAGCCAAGGAGGGGGACGGGGGGUAGCUACCCCCCCAAAUAAAUAAAAAUCAUUACAAAUCUAAGGUUCUCUCUCCCAACUUAAACCCUGGCUACACCCAUGCCCCUCCAUCCUACCAGUAGAAAGGUAGCUAUUUAAAUGUUUUGUUUGUAAACAGAAUAUGCUUUAUUUAUAAUUUAUACAAAAUACAAUUACCAGUACAGUGGUACCUCAGGUUACAUAUGCUUCAGGUUACAUAUGCUUCAGGUUACAGACUCUGCUAACCCAGAAAUAGUACUUCAGGUUAAGAACUUUGCUUCAGGAUGAGAACAGAAAUCGUGCUCUGGUGGCGCGGCAGCAGCAUGAGGCCCCAUUAGCUAAAGUGGUGCUUCAGGUUAAGAACAGUUUCAGGUCACAGUACAGACCUCUGGGACGAAUUAAGUACUUAACCCGAGGUACCACUGUACAUAAAAUGAUAAGAACAUAAUGAAAUAUUGUUGAAGCAGAAAAACAUAGAAUCAUAGAGCUAGAAGGGACCCCAAGGGCCAUCUUUCUAGUGCAACCCCUUCAACGUAGGAAACUCAGCUGAAGCAUCCAUGACAGAUGGUCACCCAACCUCUGCUUAGAAACCUCCAAGGAAAGACAGUUCAGAACCUCCCAAAGGAGAUCCAUCUUCCAUGUGUUAUAAAACGUAAACAACAUUUAUUUGACCCCAGUCAUCUGACACAGAAGGGGAAACCUAAAGAUACAGCCCAAAAGGUGCAAAGGGAGUUCUAUAUAUAUAUGGGAGAAUUUUAAAAAGCAAGUGGUCCUCACUGAUCUGGUGCAAAAAGAUCUUGUCACCUGGAGGAGCUCUGGCUGCCUAGAUAAAGCACUAUAGUCCCACACACCCUUACCUGGGCAUAAGGCCCACUGAACUCUGUGCGGUUUUCUUCUGAGUAGACACUUAGUUAUUUACUAGAUGCUAGUCAGCAGCACCAGACGAUCCCGCUUGGCUAGGCACUGGGAUGGAUUUCACCCCGUGCCUUGCAGAGCUGGGCUGACACUGCUGACGAGCCCUGCGCCCCUAGGCAACAUCCAAAGGUCCCGAUCUGGCUAGACCCUGGGGUGGAUUGCAUCCUGUGCCUCAUAGAGCCUGGCCCAGCACUGGCAACAGCAACAAGCAGCUCUGGCUCGCCCAGACUUACCCAUUUCCACCCCACCACCGUACUUACCUGACCUGCUUGUGAUUGGCCAAGUGGAUAGCUAGCCAAUCAGGAUUUAAAAAAAAAUUCUUUCUUUCUUUACUUCUCACUUCCCUCUGUGGCCGGCUAGCCUGGUACAUAUUUUUCACCUGUGGCCCCUGUAGACUAUCCUGGGGGGGGCCAGGAGGCCAUAUGGCCCACCGGUUGGGAAACACUGGUUUAGAGGCACAGGGGUGCUGUCUCUUUUACCCUACUAAUAACAUAUCACAACGUAAUGGUCCUGCAUGAGAAUACUUAACAUUUCACAAUCCUGCCUCUUAUAACAGUACAAGAUUAACAUCUGGUUCAAUGAAGCAUUUCUGACAUAAAAAAGGACAGAGAAGAGAAGAGAGAAAAAAAACAAUAUCCUUUAUUCCAACAGACUAUUUCAGUCAGUCAGCAUUUUUGAAGUGGUUUGAGCAGAUCUACUGCCUUGACUUCAGAGACAUCGAUAGAGGAAGUUAUUUGAGCCACCAGUUUUGAGAGGGUGAGCAGAUUCAACUGCCUUAUCUGUAUUUCCUUAAGAAAGAGUUUCUUGAAAUACUUCAGGAACAAAGGAUAUUGUUUUUCCCCCCUUACACUGCUGAUCUUGGCGUUUCCCAAGUAGCAUUGGUCCUCAGGUGAGCACCAUGGUAGCCAUAAAUUUGAACUGCAGGUGCAUCUAGUGCUUCCACUGGCCUUGUGUGUAACUUCAGAGAGCCAGGAUUGGUUGCCACCGUUUUAGGCUGUGUGUGUAUCUUUUCUCUUUGCCGUAAAGACAACAAAGGGAUUUCUGAUACAUUAAAAACUUGACAGUUCCCCUAGGGCAUAAGCUUUCACCACAUAGGUAAAUCAAAAACCAAUAAUAAUGGAUCUUCACUUGUUAUGUUGUGGAAGGUUGUUGAGCUGCUGUUCUGUCUUUUGCCUAGAGGUGGUAGCAUUUCAGAGAUGGGAGAUAUAACCUUCUGCAAAAUUACGUUCUAGUGAUUUUAGGGCUGAGACAUCAGGUAACGAAAGAUACUGAGUUCUUCUAGCAGAAACCCACACAAGAGCCUCUGCUUGUGAAGUGGGACUUUCCUCUCUCCCACGGAAUUGCCUUGGCGGAGACGUAUCAGAAGGACAAGCCGGGACAGUGUGCAGGAGAAAGAGAGGGGAAGAUGGUUCUGUCUGGCAAGCUGAAAUGCUCAUGCUGAUGGAACAAUUGCUGUGGUACUUUGUUAAUUCCUCUCAGUACACCUGAGGUACAUGGCUAGACCCACAAGCACCAGCCAGGUUCCCACAGAAUUUUGUUUGCAACAGACCUAUUUUUAAAAAACCAAAAUCUAAUUACAUUUAAAUUCUGCCUCCCCUUCAAGGAGUUCAAGGCAGCACCCACGGUUCUCCCCACUCCAUUUCAGCCUUGCAACAAGGUUAGGCUGAGAGAUACUGCGUGGCCCAAGGUUACCCAGAGAGCUUCAUGUCUGAGUGGCGGCCCUGCUCUCCCAGGUCCUAGUCUGAGACUCUAUAAAGAUGUUGUCUGUUCUUCCAAUUCAUAUAGGCCACAAGCCUUCAGUAGAGAGGAAUGGGAAAAUGUUUUAAUUAAUCUGCAGCUUAAGCAGUUUUGUUUACUGUGAACUUUUUUCUUUUCCUCCUCCCCACAGAUGAAUUUGUCUUCAUGGGUGCCCUUAUCAUUCAAGAGGUUGUAAAAGAGUUGGUGGGAAAAGGUCUUGGGAAUGCCAAAGUCCUCCUACUAGCAGGUAGCAGGUGCGUGUUUACAAGGACUGUCUAGAAAGUGUCUGGGGGGGGGGGGGGAAGAUUGCCGAUUGACUUGUUGGUGAUGGGCAUGACUUUUAUACCACAGGCCCCCUUGCCCUCUUGAUGGAAAAAAGUGCUGAAGUUAACAAAGGCUACCAUUAUCUUGAUUUCUGCAUAUUUGUGAUUGUCUUACUUUGUGGUGUUAGAAGAUGCAUUUCAAUAUGCUUCUUGAACAGUAGCAGCACUUUUGGGUGAGGAAGAAGGGAGAUUCUGUGUGAGAUUCCAGUAAUGUCCACAACCGAUGCCGUAAUACUGGGGGGGGGGGCGGUUAUCUGAACUGGUUAUUACAUUUGGGUAGUGGAAUAUUUUGAUGUCAAGGUGCUUGAGUUUAUUCUCCUCAAAUUAACCUUCCAGCAGGUGAUACAGCUCACUAGCUUAAAGUGGUAGAUCUCUGGGUUGAAUGGCAGUAGAUCAGCAAGGAUUUUAGACUUUCAAUUGUUUAACAGCAGCAAGCACCAAAUGAGCCCCGCCCCCUUCCCCCAUCAAAUUAGAAUGCUGAAAUAAAACUUGGGAGAACCAGCAACAGAUUUUUAUAUGGGGGAACUGUGAGCCCAGAUCAGUUAUGAUACCUAGGAUAGAAUCUUGUACUCAUAAGCAGUUCAGUGACAAAAUGUCCAAGUGAGUAUCUUUUGCACCUGUCUCCAGUGAUAGCAGGAUUUUAUUGAAAUCCAAAGUAGAUCCCACAAGCAGCCACUGUCUCUUAGGUUAGGUCAGGGGUAGGCAGCCUAAGGCCCAGGGACCGGAUCCGGCCCAGUCACCUUCUGAAUCUGGCCCACGGACGGUCCAGGAAUCAGCGUGUUUUUAAAUUAGUAGAAUCUCUGGGUUAUUUGGGGGGCCUGUCUGGUGUUUUUACACGAGUAGAAUGUGUGCUUUUAUUCAAAAUGCAUCUCUGGGUUAUUUGUGGGGCAUAGGAAUUUGUUCAUAUAUUUUUUCCAAAAUAUAGUCUGGCCCACCACAUGGUCUGAGGGACGGCGGACUAGCCCACAGCUGAAAAAGGUUGCUAACCCCUCGGUUAGGUUUUCCAAGCACCCACCACUCUUUUAAUGUCUAGAAAAUGGGAUUCUAGAGUUGGAAGGUGCAUUAAGGUUGCAAUUCUGCACCCUUUUACAUGGGAGCAAGCUGCAUGCAUAGGAUUGCACUGUCAAGAUAAUGCAACCCUCUAAGGCAGGAUUGGCACCAUCCCAAUUCUUUUAUUCAGUAGCUUCCUAUCUUGCCACAUUCCUUAACAAAUCAAAAUGGUCAUAGUUAUCUGUGCAGUUUUAUUUGUCUGAAGCAUCUUUGGAAUAUAGCCAAUAUAUAAGGUUAAAGGUUUAAUUACAAUCAAGCAGUAAUUUUUGUUAAAUAAAAAAAUGCAAAUGAGCACAAUUUACAAAAAGCACACUAGAAGAGCACCCUAUGAAUUCAGAUGCGGAUGACAGGUGUUUAGAGAGGCAUGGCCCUUCUGUAAGCAAUCCUGAAUAUGUCUGUGGUUGUGUUACAGUCUCAUUUGAAAGACUGAUGCUGUCAUUGCAGUGCUGGUGGAACGGGGGUGCUCCUGAAUGUAGAUCGAGUAGCUGAGCAGCUGGAAGAGAUGGGGUAUCCUGGGAUUCAGGUCCGUGGCCUUGCAGACUCUGGAUGGUUCUUGGACAAUAAACAGUAUCGUAGAACAGACUGCAUUGAUACCAUAACCUGCGCCCCUACAGAAGCCAUCAGGAGAGGAAUUAGGUAUUGAAUUAUUCUAAAGUAUCCUUUUCAAGACUGGGCAGAGACACCUAGUCUUCCUUUCUUUUUGUAAUUAUAAGAAGUAUCUAUUACCUUUAGCUGAUGAAGUUCUAUUUGGAAAAGAAAUAAUAUUAAUGAAAUGUGGCUGAGUAGAAGGUGCCCCCCCCCAUAGUAAUCUGGCACGAAAGUAAGACAAGUAUAGUUUUCUUCUUGCUGAAAUGUAUGAUUUGUUCAGUUUGCAGCUCUGCUGCCCUCUGCUGUCUGUAAUUUUUGUAACUUGCACAUUUUUGGAUCUCCGCUGCAGAACAAGCUGCUGUAAUUAACUCUUGUUAUCAUGUCAUCUUUCAGGUAUUGGAACGGACUUGUUCCUGAACGCUGCAAGAUGCAGUUUAAAGAGGGAGAGGAAUGGAAUUGUUUCUUUGGUUAUAAAAUUUAUCCCACACUGCGAUGUAAGUAUGAAACGGAGAGUUUUCUGCUUUCUGUUUGCUGAUCUGAAAUGCGCUUCAGAAGAUUCCUCAUUAUCAGUAUUAGCAAGGGCCAGCAGUGUCAACGCAUUGAAGACUUUAAUGGAUAGUCAUGUGCCUUUUAACAGAAAGAAUUUCUGACUCCCAGUUGCUUAGCAGUAGCAAUGGCUAAGUGAAUUGUUGGAUUUGAAUAAAUAUUACCACUCAGAAUAGAUGUUCCUUGAGAUGCUGAAGGAAUGCUGACAACUUAGUUUUAUAAACAAAACCUACUACAUUGUUAAGAAAUGAUUCCAUUCCCUAUUGCAGUAACACACCAGAAUCAAAAUAACCUUGAAAGAUAAGAAAGUGUAUUCUUAAAUUUCUGCCUCACUGACUAAAAUUGUGCAUUUUAAGCUUUAGCUGAUUAAACCAAUGGAAGUUUGCAUCCCUGAUAAUGGGGAAACCUUUCCUCAAUUCUUCUUGCUGCAGGUCCUGUGUUUAUAGUACAGUGGCUCUUCGAUGAAGCCCAGCUCACCGUGGACAAUGUACAUUUGACUGGCCAGCCAGUGCAGGAGGGGCAGUGGCUAUACAUCCAGAAUUUGGGUCGUGAACUUAGGAACACCCUUAAAGAUGUGACGUUAGUCUUGCCUCUUCUCUUUUCCUAAAUACUUUCCAAUAUGUUCUUCUAAAUAUGUGGUCUGGAAACCACAUUCUUUUUAAGAUCACUGUGUGGUUUUUGUUUUGUUUUUAAAUUGAGAACCUCCAAUAUCCUAACAAUAAGGCUACAUAUACGCUAUACAUUUAAAUCACCUUUCCCUGCCUUAAAGAAUUCUGGGCACUGUAGUUGGUUAAGGGCUGCUGGGAAUUGUAACUCUGUGAGGGGUAAACUACGGUGCCCAGAAUACUUUGUGGGAAAUAAUGUUUUUUGGAUGCACUUUAAAGGUAUAGUGUGGACUUAGCCUAAGACACUUUGUCAGAUAAAUUCUCGAAUUACUGUCUACAUUCAUUCUGUGUUAGGAAUCUGGUUUGUUUUGUAAGCCACCAAAAACAAUUGGAGGAAAUUUUGCUUGAAAUUCGCUGCCGAUCUUGUAGCAGCCACUGUGUCCAGUCACAGUUGUCUCUACAAAUAAAGCACAAGGAUACCCAAAGCCGUAUUGUGAGGAAUGACCAAACACUGGGUUGCUGGGAAGGAAAUGUAUCAAUAUUUUGCAUUGCUCCUAUCACACCUAUUCUAUAUCUUGUUCUUUUCUGCUUCAGUGCCAGCUUUGCUCCCGCUUGUUUGUCUCAUGAGAUCAUCACACGCAAGUAAGUACCUAGGUUGGGGAGAUGAAGUCUCCCUCUUGCUUUGUACUUUCUCCUAUUUGUGGGGGCUACGGUGCAGCCCUAGCCAUGUCUACUGAGAAGUAAGUCCUAUUGAAUUCAGUGAGAUGUACUCCCAGGGAAGUAGGGUUAGGAUUAUAGCCUUGGUCCCGAAGAGAGCACCAGGGAAGACCGUUCCCCAGCCGCCCACUUGGGAAGGCUCACUAGAAAAUGGCAAAAGGUCCUGAUAAGCAGAAGUAAUUGCUCCUACAUCUUGAGGAACUUCUUUAACCCUCUAGGAGCCAAUGUAAGUUGACGCAGAGACUUCAGCGGCAUUGCAGAACGCCCACAUUCUCACCGAUACUAUUUCUGUGCUGCAUCUGUCAAGAGCUUACUCUGCCCCCUUCCUUGCAGACACAUCACGAUGGCAUAAUGCCUGCAUGUGACUUAGGUCCAUGUUCUUGGUGGCCAGUGGGAGGAAAUCAGUGUAGCGCUGUGGCAAUUGUUCCAUCAGCGCAAGCAUUUCAGCUUGCCAGGUGGAACAACCCCCCAUCCCUCUCCCCAUGUGUUGUUCGGGGGGGGGUGUUCUCCUGAACUUCCCCAAUCCAAUUGUGUGGGGCACCUGGGAAGGGAGGAACCCCAUUAGUGGAAGUCUUUUUGCGAGCUUCCACUAGCAGAACUUGUCGACGGAAUCCCAUUUUGAGCAGCUGUUCUUCUGAUCACAGCCUUUCUAUUUUGGAGCGUGCAAAAGGUUAAGCACUAAUGAACAUGAACAAUAAUAGUGAUGCAACUUGUGUGGUUUGUGUCUGCAGUCAUUGGACAGACAUCCAAGUGAAAGGGACCUCUUUACCCCGCGCCCUGCACUGCUGGGAUCGCAGCCUCCACGACAGCAACAAGAAUGGGAAAACUCCACUGAAAGGCUGCCCUGUCCAUCUGAUUGACAGCUGUCCCUGGCCACACUGCAACCCCUCAUGCCCUACCAUCCGGGACCAGUACACAGGACAAGAGAUGAACGUGAUCCAGUUUCUCAUGCAUAUGGGGUUUGAUGUGCAGAAGAUGGCGCAGCAGCAGGGUCUGGAGCCCAGUAAACUGCUGGGGAUGCUGAGUAGUGGUAGCUAGGAGAGUUUUCCACUAAGGAGGACUGCAUGACUGCGUAUAGAGCAGGAGCCUUUUAGCUCCCCUCUCAAACUUCCUGCCCUCCUUGCUCACUUUCAUAACAUAAGCAUCUACACAGACACAUACAGGCACAAGUCAUGCACGCACACUCUGGCACAGUUAGUAUUAUCAGGAUAAAAUGAACACCAGUUGAUUGAAAUGUUACCUCUACUUCAGGGGACAGUCUCAGCUAAGCGUCACCUCUGUCUGCAAUAAUUCACUAAUGGUCUGCAGGGAAUGCAUAGAAAAUCACGAACCCUCUCCAGUGUUAAAAGGACUGUAUACUUUUUGCCUUUUCCAAGAACUUUUCACACCAUGAGACUGACAACAAAAGGUGCUUUGGGGGGGGGAAAAAAAGAAAAGCACUGGAUUAUUUGUCCAAUUAGAAAUGAUGAAGGUAUAGCUGAUUAUAUGACUUCCUGGAGGCCAGCAUCUCACGAUGUAACAUAAUAAUGUACAAACCGAGCACACAGGCUAGAAAAGGACUUAUCUUGUACUCAAUUUACUUUUGUAUUAUUUUAUAAAAUGAUUUUUAUUAAUUUUUAAAGAAAUAAGCAAGAAAUAUAAGAUUAAUGAUAUUGUUUUGUAACAUAUUUUUUUAAAUAAUGAAGAAAAAACACCUUGUGCUAUUUUUUGGCAAUGUGAAAAUAUUUAUUUUAAUAUGUAAAUGCUAUUUAUAAGGGCUGACCCAAGAUAUCCUCACAUGUUGUUGUAAAGUUGUAAAUACUUCUCCUUUGGAAAGGUUUUCCUUCUGAUCACAUAUGUGUGAGAAAGGGCAAGGGUCAGCAGUGGCAUUAUUAUUAUUAUUAUUAUUAUUAUUAUUCAAAUUGUUUAUUAGAUCCCCAUGACUCUUUUGAAGUAUGUUUCUUGUUGUUUGUGAAAGGGGGAAAGAUUACCAACCACAGCCUCAGUAAAGAGCUUUUAUCCUUCCUGCUCACCUACGUUCUCUCCAUCUUUUGUUCAGAGAGGACUGUGUCCUUACCUGUGAAUCAGAUCCUGGAGAUAUCCCAGAUAAUUUCUGCCCUUAACAGUGGAGUAGCUGAUUUUGAAGUAUAUGGAUGUUACUGCUCAGAAAUAGCCCAUCACUUUUCUUCUGUGCUGUUAAAUUUCAGUUGCAGCAUUAUGUCAUUAAAAGCUUCCAUACUUGUCAGGGUUGAGAGCUAAUGCAAAUUCCAGACUCCUUCCAACACCAAGCAAGGACUUGGCAGAUAUUCUGCAGUCAACUCUGGCUUGAUUUCCAG